UACAAAUUCUGACUUUCAGCUCUUCCAAAAGACUUCAUAAACUGUAUUGCUCGACAGGAAGAGUUAAGACUGUUAGAGAGAUGCUAUCUCUUCACUGUCUUCAUGUCCUCCAUCCAUUAGUUUCGGUUCAAAACUCUAAUAACCCCUCAACCCCAUUCCUCAAACCCACCAUAAGUCCUUUUUUCCCGAUCUUCAACAUCCCCCCGAUUUUAUCCGCUCCUUAUCCCACCACACAAGCCCAAUGCACCUGUCUUUCCAUAACUCCAAAUUUCCUAGGAUUUAAGCUCCAAAACCACGUGACCCACUUCCAAACUCUCUACUGUUGUGCUUCUAAGGACGCUGUAGAAGAUACCAACGCUGUUUUGGAGUCUGCUAGUGGAGAUGGCGGAGGGGGAGAAGGAGGUGGUGGCGGUAGUGAAGAUGGGGAUGAUGGGCAGGUGGAGAAGAAGAAGAAGAAGAGUGGGGGUUCUGGGCCUUUGCCAGAUUGGUUGAAUUUCACUUCUGACGAUGCGCAGACGCUGUUUGCGGUGCUGGCUAUAUCGCUGGCUUUCCGAUCCUUCGUAGCUGAGCCGAGGUACAUUCCUUCGUUGUCUAUGUAUCCUACAUUUGAUGUCGGAGAUCGAAUCGUCGCAGAAAAGGUCUCAUACUAUUUCAGAAAGCCAUGUGCAAAUGAUAUAGUGAUAUUCAAAAGUCCACCAGUCCUUCAAAAAGUGGGAUAUACUGAUUAUGACGUCUUUAUUAAACGAGUUGUUGCUAAGGAAGGUGACAUAGUGGAGGUUCAUAAAGGGAAGCUUAUAGUUAAUGGAGAUGAGAGAAAUGAAGAUUUUAUUCUUGAACCACCUUCUUAUGACAUGACACCAAUUAGUGUACCAGAAAACUAUGUCUUUGUGAUGGGUGACAACCGUAAUAAUAGCUACGAUUCACACGCUUGGGGUCCCCUGCCAGCCAAGAAUAUAAUAGGAAGAUCAGUACUUCGGUAUUGGCCCCCAAACAGGAUUGGGAGCACAGUUCUUGGGGCUGGCUGUGCUGUAGACAGGCAGGAGAGCAGUCCAGUGACAAAGUGAAAUAGCCGCCUGAGGAUGGCACCCAUGUGUUCCCUCCUUGGAAAUCACCUUUCGUUGUGCAGAUUUCCUCAUGUCUGUUGUUUAUAAGGAAACAUAACGUUUUUAUAAGAUGGGCUUUAUUUUUUUCCAGAUGCCCUCAUUCUCGAUCUUAGAUUAUGUAAAUUUGAAUUGAAUCGAUAUGCAUCCCUAGUCUCAUUAAAAUUAAUUGCUAAA